AUGCCGGCCGUCAUCACCAACUGCCUGUUCACCAGCCUCGCCUUCGUCGUCGUGUGCUUCCGGCUCGGCACAAGAGUCUUUGUCGUUAAGAACGUCGGCGCCGAUGACUUGCUCAUCGUCCUUGCCAUUCUCGCGUCGAUAGGGUUCUUGGUGGUGUUCAUGCUGCAGGUCAAGGCAGGCCUCGGCCGCGCAAUAACGGUCCCCGAACUCCCGGGGUUCCUGCAGGCGCUGUGGGCAACCAUCCCCAUCUACAACCUCGCGCUGAUGCUCUGCAAGCUGUCCAUCACGGUGCAGUGCUACCGGGUGCUGCGCACGCCGCGCACGGCACGGUUCCUGCGCGUGUACAUGGGCGUGCUGGCCGCGUACGGCGCGUGGAGCGUGCUGGGCAACGUGUUUGUGUGCUGGCCCGUCGGUUUCUACUGGCUCGAGCCCACGGGGACGCUCCGCGGCGCGUGCAUGGACAAGGGCGCCGUCACGUUUUCGAAUGCUGCGCUCAAUAUCGCGUCGGACCUCGUCCUCAUCGCCGUGCCCGUCUCCCUGCUGUGGCGCCUGCAGCUCCCCCGCAGGCAGAAGAUGGUCCUGGUGUGCCUGUUUAGCGGUAGCGCGUUUGCCUGUGUCACGAGCAUCGUGCGCCUGCACGCCCUGUACACCAUUGCCGUGGCGCCACCAGCCGAGCAGUCGGUCGAGGGCGUCGAUAUCGCCAUCUGGUCGUCCAUCGAGAUCAACGUCGGCAUCAUCUGCGCGUCGCUGCCGGCGCUAAAGCCGCUCGCCGCCAAGCUGUUUCCACGCCUGUUACUGUCGGGGCUCUACGCGCGCACCAAGGAGGCCGCGCCGUCGGGCGGGCGAGAGGCUGUGGGUGGGUCCAGCGGGAGUGGCAGCCACGGCGGCCGCCGGAGCGAUCACACGGCGAGCGAGGACGCACACUCGGGCCACCGCGCAGAGAUCCGCGUCAGCCAGUCAUUUGAGAUGACGAGCGCGCCCGCCACGGCCGUGCCCGACACUACUGACCUCGAAACGGGAACGGUGGCCGCUAUAGGCACUGACGAUGGGCAGACGAGCCGCGACGGCAGUGAAAGGAACCUAGUUUCGUCGAGCUGGCACGGCGACGGCUGCAAGAUGGCCACCGUCAUGAGCGAUCCGCACGACAUGGUUUGA